GAUAAGGGCAGCCGGAAUCAUGUGGCGGCGAGGGGCGGAAGCAGCAGGUGAUCGAUUGACUAACUACCUUACUGCUGCCUGCCUACUUAUUGCUCUCUGACUUCCCCUUUCUCUUGUCGACAACUCUCGUGUUAAAGGUGCUCUGUUGCGAUGCCUACGCCUGUUGCGAAAGGAAUUAUCAUCACCGUCUCGGCGCUGGUCGCCGCCGGGAUCGCGGUCUACGAGUCGCCGCAGUUCCGCCAGUGGGUGAACAACUCGCGCCGCAAGAUCGCACUAGCUUUGCACAAUCUGGGCGACGAGAUUAACCCGCACGAUGCUCCGCUCAGACAGGAUAUCUCCAUGACCGAGGAAGUUGGCGCAGCAGCCGAAGAACGGCGGCGAAUAGCUCGGGAAGAGCUUGACCGGCGUCGCUCCUUGCUCGAAGAGCGUCGCAAAGGCAUGGCCAGGCCACCGUCAAACAGCUUUGAUACUUUGGUCGAUGAGCAGGGCCGGUUGUUGGAUCUUGCGGAUCUAUCGAGUGAUACACCGUUAGCCAACUCGACUGCCGUGGAAGUGGCGACGUCGCAGCCGGUGCACCGGGGCAAGGGGCCAGCCUCGCUUCCUGAAGCAUCUCACGGCCAGACAGAUAUUCACGAGUUAGGUCCACCGCUGCAGCUCGAUAUCCCGUCGCCUCGUGCCGGUUCGCCUUCGCUGGCUGAGUUCACCCCUGUCUCUGAAGCUCCUGACAAAAUGGCCACGUCGCUCCUCUCGACGUCCCAUGCCGAGGAUGAACACCAUGUUGUCGGAGAUGACGAAUCGAUUUCUAGCCAUACGGAAGGUCACUCUGAAGUGCUUUAUGCUCAUCCUGGGGACUGGACGACAAACGAAUCCGGGCGCGACCUGAGAUCGCCCUUCUCGGACUUGGCCGAGCUGCAGCUUGAACGGGAGCGCGCCUCGACGCCGUCCACCAGCGAUAGCUACAGCCACAUUUAUGAGUCAGCGAUCGACGCAUCAUCCGAUGGCACUUUGAGCGACCUGGGCCGGUCGACUGGCGCGGCCACCCCGGCCAGUUGGUCGGAGGUGGGCAGUGUGAUCAGCAACGACGAGCACAUGCACCACUUGUAGGCAAAUUGGAAGAACAACUCAGGGUAUCGUAUCAUUAGGCGGAUGGCGCUGGAGGAAGGUAUUGGCGUUUGCUUCUCUAUUUUGAUGGUGUUUAGCUUGGG